AAUUUAAAUUGGAAUUUAAGCGACCGACGCGAACUAAAGGAUGUGUUUGAUGUCGACGAAGACGACGUAACGCGCGCAAAGUGAUCAAGAACACGCGUGUUCAAUCAAACUUAACGUUUAAUAGACGAAACGGACGAAACGUAGAGAAAAUUUGUUGUGUUUUUACGAGACGAAGGUGCCCAGACCUGACAUUUCCACAGGAACCACUUAUUUAUAAUCUAAAAAUACUAAGGACCAUUUUCUAUUCAUAGAGUCGAUUGUUCUGCAUCAGCCGAGUAUAAUGGAUACAACAGCUGACACGUGGACGCAGUAAUUUAAAUAUUAAUACAAAUUUGUAAUCAAGACAAGCCUUCGUUCAGUUGACCAACAACCAAUAGAGAACAAAUUGACUUUAUCUGCCAUUAUUUUGACGGUAAAAUGAGGUUUCUGACAACAUCUCGACGUUAAAGUGAUGACAAAUGACAGGUCAGGUUGCCAGUUCCGAAGCAAGUUCUCAUUGCCGUUUACAGAUAAUGAAUCACCGUAUAGACUAUAAAUGCAACACCAGCAAAUUACAUUUUAUGAUGUAAUUGGAAAUGUAAACGAAAGUACUGGAUAAUUUAGAGUGUACGUGACGUAAACUUUAGAUUUUCGAUAUCCUCAUAACAGGACUUCGGAACGCGUCAUUGGAGACAAGCGGCGCGUUACAAACGCGGAGAGACAAUCGCCGAUUUACCCCUCGACAACCCACGAAAUCCAAACAUUUCAACACUAUCAUAGGAGACUGUCGUAUCAUACAAUGAGACCAGCCAGAAGUCAUGGAAUCUGAAACGAAAAAUCAAAUAUGCUUCAACAACUUCUACGCUACCGUAUGUCACGUUUGCAAACGGUUGGGUGAUGACGUUUCUUUAAAGAGGUGCAGUGGCUGCAAGUUCAUCUUCCAUUGCGGUUCGGAACUUCAGAAGCAACACUGAAAGCAGCACAAAUCGUUAUGCAACGCCGUACUGGAUGUGAUGUGAACCUAUAACAUAAAAAAAGUAUUAUGUAACAGAAGUGGUAUAAUAAGAAGACGGGCUUCAUGCAGAGAAGUUAGGACGCCCCCUUCAGAUGUACGAGAGCGAAAUGUUCCUGUACCCACGGGAAUGCGUUGUCUGCUAUGAACUGGACGGUCAGUCGCUGAAGGAUUGUGGGGAUUGUGCCGUCAGCUACUGUAAAGAUCACAUAGACGGUAGUGAAUAUAAGAACAUCUGCGUACGUGGCCCUGGGAUUACGUUUUUGUAUAAAUCUACACCGUAUAAGUGGCAACAGCUCUAUGAAACUGGAUUACUUAGCAAGUGUUUCCAACACGGAAACGUUUGAGGACAUGAAGGAAUUUACACACGAGCGAAAUAGAGUUUAAUGUUCAACAGACGCAACGGAAAUCAUGUGUUAUAGAAAAUUUGUAUGAACUAUCGUCGCGAAAUGUUAAAGUGACGAAAAAUAACAUUGACCAGCAAUGAAAUGAUUCAUCGAUCAAUGAAAUAUCGAUACCGUCAAAUUUAUGUACAUCGAUUCGACAUCGUUCCGACAUUGAUCGACGAAUCAUUUCUCUCUGGGUAGGUUGCUAUUUGCGGAGCGAUCUGAUUUCAAUGCUUGCAUACAAGGUGCACGUGUUGUAAAUGCAACGCCAACAAAUUUAUAUAUUUCAUGAUGUCUUUGGAAAUUAAUGCGGGAACAUUAAAACUCCCCAGUAAGAAAUAACCUGUCGAUCGAUGUCGAAGUGAUGUCGAUACGUACAUCGUUUCGACGUCGAUCGACAAGUCAUUCUCGCUGGGUCUAGCGUUAAAUCGUGGUCAGAAAAGUCGUCCGACGUUUCGUGAUAAAUUUCGGAAAUACAAUAUACCAUGCGAGAUAUUAUACCUUUUGCUCACUGAUAUAUGCACUGACGCAUUAUUAGAGCAAAGCCAGUGUGAAAUGGUUCGUCGAAACGGUGUCGAUCGACAUCGACAUUGUCAAAUUCGACGUCAAUUCGACAUCAAUUUCAACGGAUCGAUGUCGACGACAUCGCUUCCACAUCGAUCGACUAGUCAUUUCUUACUGGGAACGAUAUGCAUAUCUAUGCUAUGACACACACGAAUAUUCCGAAAUUUGUUCUAACACGUUGGUCAACCUUUUUGACUAUGACCGUACGUGGCGUAACUAUAUUUUCGAUAUCCUUAAAACAAUUCGGAACACGUGCUCUUGAAAAGAGGGUUAACAGCACGAGAAGAAAAUUACCGAUUUCCGCAUGCGCAACAAGGCACGACCUACGAAAUCAAAACAUUCUACCACUAUCGAAGGAGACCUUGUCGAAUAAUAUAACGAGACUGUUCAGAAGAUAUGGAAUCAAAGACGAGCAAUCAAGUACAUAUCGCCUAUAACGACUUCUUCUACGCUACCGUGUGCCACGUUUGCAAACGGUUUGGUGGUGACGUCCCUUUGAGAAAGUGCAGUGCCUGCAAGUUGAUCUUCUAUUGCAGCAAGGAACAUCAGAAGCAACACUGGAAACAGCACAAAUCGUUAUGCAAUGCCGUACUGGAAGUGUCGCGAACCUGCAACAUAAAACCGUGUACUGCAACAUUGGAGGAGUGGGAUACUAAGAAGUGGGGAUUCAUGGGUCUAGUGUCUGAGAAGUUAGGACGUCCCCGUCAGGUGUACGAGAGCGAAAUGUUCCUGUAUCCAAAGGAAUGCGCCGUCUGCUAUAAACUGGACGAUUAUUUGCUGAAGGAUUGUAGGGAUUGUGCCGCCAGCUACUGUAAAGAUCACAUAGACAGUAGUGAACAUAAGGAUAUCUGCGGACCCCUGGGAUUAUGUUUUCGUAUAAAACUACAGCGUAUAAAUGAGGACAGUUUGGGGACUCAGAGAUACUUUACACGUGUUUCCAGCACGGAUACGUUUGAGGACAUGAAGGACUUUAUAAAAACUAAUGUAAAUAUACAGUCACCCUUGGGCACGUCCUAUGAUCUCGUGGAAGCCGCACAUUCGCCGUUUCUCACGUGUCCCUUAACGUUGUUUCAUGCCAUGCGAUUAUUAGAUUAUGUCCCAGAACGCAAAGAUCUAGUCGUUCAUGUUGUAGGCGCGAAUAUAUCAGAAGAAAGAACCUUAUUAGAGUGGGGAGUCUUCUUAAAUUUAAUAAAAAUAUCAUCACUGACGAUUGUAUUGGUAGGGCCAGAAUUAAUAUUUGACUCCUAUACGUUGCCCGAUUGCGUAUUGCAGCAGAAGGAAUGUUCGUUUGAGUUUUACGCUUCGUUAUACGAGAACUACGUACGUAGCUCGUCGUUCGUGAAACCGGAUCUCGUCGUAAGUUUCAACGGGUUUCUUCAUCAGCAUGAACUUGAAUCCCCUAAGGAAACAUGGGCGCCGUCCAUACCGCUGAUAGCGAAACAAAAUUGUCCGUUCGUUUUAACGUGGAGGUACACGAAAGAGCAUUUGGAAGACGAGGUUGAAAGAAUUAACACCGUCCUAAAUAGGAAGAUAGACUAUUUGUAUAAAGGAGAGAAUCCAUUUGCAUGUUUAAGACCGAUUAGAGUUCCCAUGCCGCAGAAAGUGAUGUAUCCGAAUAAGUAUGUAAUUGUCUACAGGAGUCUUUGUCCGUAACUAUUAAUGUAAUUCAAGCGACUAAUAAACUAUCGGUUGUGUUGCCGAAGAACGCGUAGCACGCACGGAAAGAAAGACAUAAGUGAAAUCGAUCUAAAUGUUUAAUACACUCAACGGAAAACAUGUAGAACGUUUAUAUGAAUAGUCAACGAAAAUCGCGGUGUUUCUGCACGAAACAAAGAGAUUUAGACCGGACAGCCCACAGGGAGCUUGCAUAUUCAUCAUCUAAAAACCCUAGGAAUCAUUUUUUACACGUAGAAUCAUAGUAUCGUACACUAGUACUUCAUAAUAGAUUAUAAAUAUAAUGGCUGACACGUGGAUACAGUAAUUUAGUAAUAAGUAAUAUAAUUUUGUGACAAAGACAAGAUUUUGCGUCAAUUGUUUGAGAUGAAGUUUUAUAUUUUGAUAAUAAAUACUGGG